AUGUCACGAAACCACUUCCAAAAGUUGAAAUAUUAUUUAUACUUUGUGGACAAUGGAACUGUCAGUCAGCAUGCCCAGGAUCGAUCCUUUAAAGUAAAACCUUUGUUUGCCGUACUCAAUAAUAAUUUUAUGAAAUUUGGACACUUCUCUGCAAAUCUAAGAAUUGAUGAAAUGAUCGUCAUGUAUUACAGUAGGAAUAGUCUGAAACAGUUUAUUCUAGACAAGCCUAUACGUUUUGGAUAUAAACGUUGGGCUCUCUGUGGAAGCGAGGGAUAUUGUUACAAUUUUUCUCUCUAUUGCAGUAAAGAAUCUGAUGCGAGAAAUGAUACUCCACUUGGUAGACGGUUUGUGAUGAAACUAACACAGAAUAUUGUGAAUCCUUCAAGCUACACUUUAUAUUUUGAUAACUUUUUUACCAGCAUUUAUCUUUUGAAAAGUCUUGGUAAACAGGGUUUUCGAGCUACAGUAACCAUACGAGAAAAUCGGAUUAACCACGAGUUUCCUUUAGAAGAAUCUAAGUCUAUGCGGAAGAAAGAAAGAGGCACGUCUGAUUUUGCAUUUGACGAGGAAUUUGAGAUUUUCCUGGUGCGAUGGAAUGAUAAUAGUACUGUCACUGUUGCUACAAAUUUCAGCACUUUAGAACCACUCUUUGAUCUGAAGAGGCGAGUGAGAGGAUACAAAGAUAAAGUUAACAUGAAGAUGAUACAUGAAAAUAAAGAUAACAUGAAAUAA